AUGGCUAGUAAUGAUCCGGGAUGGCAAUACGGGAUAGCAGUUGAAGGAAAGGGUAAUCAGUGGGUGAUAUGUACUUUUUGUAAUAAAACAACCAAGGGUGGGAUUACAAGACACAAGCAUCACCUUGCUCGUGAUUCUGCCCAAGUAUUAAAAUGUCCCAGGGUUCCAAUAGAAGUACAAAAAGUUUUUAAAGAUGCUUUUGAUAAAAAGAAACAAGAUAAAGAAGCAAUGAAGAAAAUACCCCACUUUGAUGAUGAUGUUGUAGAUAUAGAUGAAGAUGAAGAAGCUACAACUAAUAGUGAGUUUUUCCAAUCGAAAGGCAAGAGGCCUAUGUCAUCGAGUGGCUCAACUGCAACCACUAAAAGGUCCGUGAAAGGGCCUUUGGAUGUAAUAUGGCUGCCAUGUGAUAAAACGGGGAAGAAAAAGGGGUAUUUGGUUGGAACCUCCGAACAUAAAGAAAUCCACAAAAAGUUAAGGCUUGAUGCGGUUCAAAAGAUAUGUCAUUGGAUGUAUGAUGCGGGUAUUGCAUUUAAUGUUGUGAAGUAUGAUAGUUUUGGGCCCACACUUGAAGCGGUUGCUCUACAUGGUUGCGGUGAAUAUUUGUUCAAAUUGUUUGACCACUACAUAAAAAAAACUGGUCCGGAAGAUGUGGUUCAAAUUGUAACGGAUAGUGCUAGCAACAACGUUUUAGCCGGUCGAAUUGUGGAAGAAAAAUAUCCACAUAUUUAUUGGACUCCGUGUGCGGCACAUUGCAUCAAUUUGAUGCUUGAGGACAUAUUUAAAUUGCCUCAUCUUAAAAAGACACUUGAUAGAGCAAUUGCGGUCAAUAGUUACAUCUACAACCGCACCUUGCUCUUGAAUAUGAUGAGAGAUUUCACGGCCAAAGAGAUAUGGACCAAUAUAGAUAUUGCGGUCAAAGUUGGUGAUCCUUUAUUAACGGUGCUUCGAUUAGUAGAUAGUGAAAAAAAAAGCCUCCUAUGGGACGAAGAUGAAGAUGAAAAUGAUGUUAGGGCUUAUAAAGAUGUUGUAGAAAAAGAAAUGGAUGAUGAGCCCGUAUAUGAGGAGUUGGACGAUUUUUGA